CUCAAAAGUAUCCAUCUACAUUUCCAUUUUGAACAUAAACUCAAGUCAAAAUUGCAGAGCUAUAUGUAUCUAUCAUGUAUCUAUGUAUCAUCAUUUUUCUAAAAAAAGCCACAAACACUGAUUUCAACCAAUCAUCUCAUUUGACCUCGGAUUUUCCCAAAUUAAAUUAAACAAUCCCACAUUUAGAAACCCGCCAAACGAACAAACUUUUUUUUUUUUUUUUUCUUAAUUAGGAAGAAAAAGUUGUUUGCUUGCGGUAGCUGGGGGGUCGUCGGAGAAUAAAGUCAACGAUGGGUGGAGGGCCGAUAUUCUUGCCGGAAUAUCCUUUGGCCGGAGAUACUUGUGCCUUGGUUUUUUCGACAUGCCUUGCACUCUUUUUGCUUUGGGUUUUUGAACAAACUGCUAGAAGAGGGAUUUUUGACCAGAAACUAAACAGGAAGCUUGUGCAUAUAACCAUUGGACUGGCAUUCAUGUUAUGCUGGCCUCUUUUCAGUUCAGGCAAUCGAGGAGCAGUUAUAGCAGCUCUUGUUCCCGGCGUCAACAUAGUUAAAGUGCUUCUAAUAGGACUUGGAAUAGUUAAAGAUGAGGCCACUGUAAAGUCAAUGAGCAGAUUUGGAGACUAUAGGGAACUGUUGACAGGUCCAUUGUACUAUGCUUCUGCUAUCACGUUUUGUUGUACAGUCUAUUGGAGAACAUCCCCAGUAGCCAUUGCUGCAAUUUGCAAUCUUUGUGCAGGAGAUGGUUUUGCUGACAUUAUUGGAAGGCGGUAUGGAAAGAAGAAGCUCCCUUAUAACUCUGAUAAAUCUUAUGCAGGGUCCAUUGCUAUGGCAACUGCUGGUUUCAUAGCAUCUGUUGGGUACAUGUACUAUUAUUCAAUGUUUGGCUUCAUUGAGAACAGCUUUGGAGUUGUGUUUGGAUUUUUGGUUGUGUCUGUUGCAAGUGCUUUUGUAGAGUCUCACCCUAUAAGCACCAAGUUUGAUGACAAUCUGACGGUGCCUCUUGCCUCUGUGUUGUUAGGAACUUUGGUAUUCUCAUAAAAUGUGUUGAGCUGUAAACAUAGGUAUCUGUUGUAACAUGUCGUCCUUUGUCCGACAAAACAUGCAUCUAUUAUUGUACAAGAAUGUUGGCUUUGAUGCUCUAUUUAAUUUGUUAGUUAACCA